GAAACAGGCUUUGGAGGGGCAAAAUACUCCACACCGUGCGAAGCCGCGAAGGGCAAAGAAGAUGAUGACUAAUACCAAGCUCUUCCCUCUCGUCGCUGCCAUCUGCAUUUCCUUCCUGUCCGUAGCGUGCGCGUCCAACUCCACCUCGUCGCACCCCAGCUCCAGUUCUAGCCUCCUCACCAAACCGCCGCAAUGGCGGGAACACCUCCUCCUUGCCGACUCGUCCUCACACGUCGGCCUCGGCCUGAACACCGUCGCCGCAUGGCUACUCUCCUUCCUGGCCGCGUCCGUGUCGAGCGCCGGCGGCGUGGGGGGCGGAUCGCUGUUCCUCCCCAUCCUGAACCUCGUGGCGGGGCUCAGCCUCAAGCGGGCCACCGCCUACUCGUCCUUCAUGGUCACCGGCGGGGCCGCCUCCAACGUGCUCUACAACCUCCUCUGCACGGGCUGCGGGCGGCGCGCCGCGGCGGUGAUCGACUACGACAUCGCCCUGCUCUUCCAGCCGUGCCUGCUCCUGGGCGUCAGCAUCGGGGUGGUGUGCAACGUCAUGUUCCCGGAGUGGCUCAUCACCGCGCUCUUCGCGCUGUUCCUCGCCUUCUGCACCACCAAGACGUUGCGUGCCGGGCUCAGGAUAUGGAGCUCGGAGAGCCGCGGCGCCACCCUCGCAGUCGCAGCCGCCACCGCGCACGGCCGCGAGGAGCCCCUGCUGCUGCCGCACGGCACCGAUGCCGGCAAUGGCGGUGGUGCCCGCGGCGACGCGGGGUUCCCGUGGAAGGACGUGUCAGUGCUUGUCAUGGUCUGGCUCUGCUUCUUCGUGCUCCAUGUCUUCAUUGGCGAUAAGCAUGGAAAGGGUAUGAUCAGGAUAAAACCCUGUGGAGUUGCAUACUGGUUGAUCACCCUGUCCCAGGUUCCUUUCGCCGUGGCUUUCACAGCUUAUAUUAUAUACGCGAAGAGGAAGAAACAAGUUCUGCAUAAUCAAGAAGAUGGCAAGGCAAAUCCGGAGAGCACUAAAAUGGAUACCUUGCCCACGCUUCUAUUCCCACUGGCUGCUUUUGUCACCGGUGCUCUGAGCGGCCUCUUUGGCAUUGGGGGAGGCCUACUUCUGAACCCUGUUCUUCUUCAGAUUGGAAUACCACCGCAGGUACAGUGGUACACACACUACAGAUUCUUAAGCUACUGAAACUAUGGUCCUAUGGACCUAUGGUUACCAAGACUGCAGCAGCGACGUCUUCGUUUAUGGUCCUUUUCUGCGCAUCCAUGUCGAUGGUUCAGUUCAUCCUGCUAGGCAUGCAAGGCAUCGGAGAAGCUUCUGUUUACGCAGGGAUCUGCUUUGUUGCUUCGGUUGUUGGAGCGGUGGUGAUUGAGCGAGCUAUCAGGAAGUCCGGGAGGGUGUCGCUGAUCGUGUUCUUGGUAACUGGCAUCAUGGCGGUCAGCACCGUGAUCAUCACCUUCUUCGGAGCAUUGGAUGUAUGGGCGCAGUAUACUAGUGGAGCUUACAUGGGUUUCAAGUUACCUUGCUGACAUUGUCAGUAAGCUAAAUAUGUGCACACAGUUACACAACAAAAAAAAAAAAAAACAUCGAGUGAGAGGUGCUUGCUAUAAAUGGGCUUGCCUGAAAGAAGAUUUUGUUGUCCGUGUCAUAACAGGUAGUUAUUAGCUUACAGAAUUCUCACUACAAUAAAUACCAUUUCGGCAUUUUUGAUGCCCAUACUGAAAAA